ACAAGAUAUGCUAAAGAUCUUGUUCUCCAAAGCAAUACAACGACUCCUUUUUUAAUUAAAAAAAGGAGAGAGUCCGUAAAAGAGAAGUCAUGGAAAAGUGGAUAUAUUUUGAAUUUCAAAAACACUAAUAAUUAAAAUACUCACCAAUUUAUUAAUCAAUUCAUUUCUCUUUCAAAAUGCCCCAAAACCCUAGAAAUUGUUGCUUCUCUAUAUAUUAAUCGUCCAAUUUUUCUUCACAAAAAUUCCUGAUAUUUAUCGGCCAUCUGUUGCUUAUGUAUUUUAGCUUUUCCGGCGAAGAGUAUUAGAAAAUCGUGUACAAAAUGAACGGAUCUGAAUCUGGAAGACUCUUUGAGUCAUCGAUGACUCCAGUAACGUCUCAGCCGCCGGUGAACAACGUCCGCGUGGGAUACACUCCCGGCGUUACUAGUUCGUACAGCGAUGUAAUGUUUAGCAGCGGUGGAGGCGGCGGUGGUAGUGGGGGUGCAAGCUUCCAUCAUAACAUUAACAUUAACGAGCACGGCGGUGGUGAGUCGAUGAUGAAAAAGAGAGGGAGGCCGGCGAAGUACCAUCCUGAAGGCUCUAUGUCACCGUCACCCGUUACUACAGCCAGGCCCGCAAAGUUAACACCUGUCGGUGUCACGGUCAGCGCUUCGUUGAACGGGUCUUUUGAACAGCAGCAACCACAAUCAGCUCCUCCUAUCUCCGCCGUUCCUCCUCCUAUCUCCGCCGCUCCUGUUAGUUCCAUUCCUCUGGAUGAAGGAUUUCCAUCACAAAAGAAGGUCAGAGGUAGACCUCGUGGUUCAUCGAACAGGAAAAAGGAAAGGGAAUCUCUAGGAUCACCUGGAUUCGGUUUUACUCCACAUAUCAUUGUGGUGCAGCCUGGAGAGGAUGUGUUAAACAAGAUCAUGUCCUUUUCUCAAAAUGGACCAAGGGCUGUCUGCAUCAUGUCUGGCAUUGGUGUCAUAUCAAAUGUCACACUUCGUCAAGCUGCGACUUCUGGUGGAACUGCAACUUAUGAGGGGCGAUUUGACAUAUUAGCCCUUUCGGGUUCAUUUGUCCUCUCAGAAAUAUAUGGUCAACGCACAAGAACAGGCGGUCUAAGCAUCACAUUAUCCGGACCCGAUGGUCGUGUUUUUGGCGGUGUUGUAGCCGGACUUUUAAUCGCCACAUCUCCUGUUCAGGUUAUAGUUGGAAGUUUUCUUCCUGAAACCUCUAAAGAACAUACCCCGGCUAACCAUGGUGAACCGUUGAACCCAAAAGUUAUGGCGGCUCACCAACCGAACCAUGGACCCGGACCCGGACCCGCACCCGCCAGCUCACCGUCUCAUGGGACCAUGAGUGAGUCAUCGGGUGGGGCCGGGAGUCCAAUGAACAACAGUAGCCCUCAAGGCAUGGCUAGUAUGCCAUGGAAGUAGUGGUGUUCGUUGAGGGUAUAAUUGUAAUUUUAGUUUAGCAUUUUGUGUAACUUUUUUUAGUCUUGAGUUACCAGCAAGCAAUGUCUUGAAUUUUUUUGCUGGAGAGAUGUUUUUUUUCCGGGGUCAAAUCCGAUGCUAAUGUAUAGGUAUUUAAGCAUGAUGUACAAGUUGUUAAUGCAUUGCAUCGUUGGAUUUGGUCAUAACCCUGAGUUAGUUAUGUAACGAUUGGUUAAACAAACCCAUCUUUGCCCUUAUGUGUUUUAAUGUCUAUAUUGGGAGGUUUUAAUGUUUUA